CUGCGACUUGGCUGUCGCCAUUUUACACCCUUUCAUCGUUCUCUACUGCACCCUCCAGCACGGUGGCGGACACUGUCAACAGCGGCGGAGGAACAGCAUGUAUACCACGGGCCUCUGAGCAAUACCUUCAGGCGGCUCAAGCUCUUCUCUUGGACAACUCUAGGGCUCACCUCAACUAUUUCACCCUUAUGUUCGUCAUUCGAGUCCAAUCUACCGGCGAGUGCUCGACUUUCAUUGGCUACAAUCGCGGUCACGACAUCAGCAGCGAGCACGGCAAUUCGUCGGAUGGGUCACCCACCCGGAGGUGUACCCGAAAUUGAGAUGACCACCUAUUCUCUUACUCUGAAACCACGAAUAACCCGGGUCUACGAUCCCGAUUUUAUUAUCGAUACGUCCCGACCGUUCGCCAAGUGGGAGCUUGCCAAAUCCGUUGCUUUACCUGUCGAACGGAGGCCUACAAUCCCCCCGAAACUAUGGAUUCGAAACGGUGAAGUGAUUGGUAGCUGGGUGGUUCGUUGGGCGAGAAAUGGUGAAGGCACUUGUCGACCCAUUGGCAGUGUAGUGAGAUAUUUUAAUGUUCACCUUGAACUUUUAAGAUGAUAUUAUUCUUUGAACCUCGUCUUCAACCUUGCAAUCAGGUAUAAGGGUUUAGUCCGCUCUUCCGUUCGACCAUUUGGGUAUUCUUAUAUCUCAGUUCCAUUUAUAAUGAAACCUAACACUCACAAGUUCUAUGAACGAAACAAUGCCGAACCAUCGCACGUUCAACACAAUGACGCUGUAGCCCUACUGCUUUCAAGCUUGACACCCUUUUCCCAAGCCUUGCAGACCUCCUAGCAGUGCUUUAUGACACUCAAAGUGGCCUAUUCUAACAGACGUUCCUAUAUCUAAUCUUCUGGAGUUCUAUACGAAUCAUUACUUCUUGACUCUUCGAAGAGAGACCGGUGAAUUCAUUCCGGUAGCAUUAGGACUAACCGGCCCUUGUAGGAACCCCAUCAUGUGUCUUCCCUCCUGGUUAUUGACCCUCAUCCAUUCA